GAGGAGCAGAUGCGCCACAAAACACCUUCUAUAAAUGUACACGAUAUAUCCUGACUUUAACUGUUCGAGGUGGGAGGAGCUCAAGGCGUCACGUCACCGGCGCUCUGGAUGGAACCAAUGCGAAGUUUGUUCUCAGUGACGCUGCUGCUGCUCCUGGCCCUGACGCUCGCCGCCGAGGCCAACAAAAGAGCCAAAGCUCACAAAGGUGGUAAAAAUCCUAAGAGCCCGUCAGAGUGCUCCCCUGAAGAGGUCCAGUAUGGGAAAUGUGUCCCACAAAAAGGGGACUGUGGAGAGGGACUGAGAGACGUCACCUGCAAAGAUCUGACCAACAAGGUUCACUGCAAGAUCCCGUGCAACUGGAAGAAGGACAUCAGUGACUGCAAGUACAAGUUCGGCCAGUGGGGAUCCUGCGACGCCAACACCAACACCAAGAGCCGAUCAGGAACGCUGAAGCGGGCGCUGUUCAACGCCGACUGUCAAGCCACCGUCAAGGUGUCCAAACCCUGCUCCCCCAAAGUCAAGAAAACCAGAGGGGACAAGAAGUCAAACUAACGGAUGAACGGACACAGAAGAUGGCAGAUUCCCUUCUCUGCCUCCAGUUGAACAAUCGUCUUCCAUCCUUCAUCAAACACAAAAGAAACAGAGAGACUCCUCCAAAACACGCCAACCACCUUCAGAUUUUUAUCCUCCUUUGACUUUUCUUCUUGUUUUACCGAUUCUGAUUCGAUGUUCUUGUGUUUAUUAAAAUGCGGAAAGCUUUUCCAGAACCCUCCCUCUAGAUAAGAAUGAAUAAUAACCGCCCUGGUAGCUGAUAGUUUGUUUUAACAGUGAGUUUCAGGUAGUCCUAAAAAGCUUUGACAGUAGCCGAAGUUAAUGUUCCGGUCGGGAAAUUCUCCUCAAUGGUCCGGGACGUCAGUAACUGGACCGUAAAGAGUUCUGUUUAGAGUCUCCUUUUAAGAUAUGUAAAAAAACCAAUAAUUAGAAAGGCUUGGAUGGAUCUGUAACGGCAAAAUCCAAUAUAAAAUCUAUUUUUUGAACUAUAGAUUGUUGCAAGAUGAGACUUGUAUAAAUGAACAAAUUAAAUACUGUACAUUGUUUUGGUGAA